CAUGACAACAUCCUCUCUUGAAUGCCCCAGCUUGGUCAUUACAACCGAGUUCCGUGCCCUCUAAGGUGGCGCUUGGGAGCAACGUGACAGAUCACACUCCUGUAAAAGCUGAGGUGAUUACUGAUUCAGGUGAUUUUGUAGCUGUGGUGGAGAAUGCCAAAAGGGUAGAAACAACCAAGGAAGCUUUGCAAUAGAGAAGCCUGACCUGUGAGUCAGAGCAAAUGAGGUUGCACAUUAAUCUCAUCGACAUGACAUCAGGGCAUCUCAAGUGGUGGUUUGUUGACUAUUUAAUGUCCUCAUUUUUUAACGUGAAAUAUCUGGACUUACCAUUUGCCGAACCUUCAAGUUUUUGUGCGGUUCUUAGAGAAAUUGCAGUAGAUACACAAACCCCACAACCCUUAGACGUGCCAAAUUCAUGGUUUUCUCCAUAUCCACCAUUUCGUUAAUCGCCAUUUCUGUUGCCUCUCUACCCUGCUUAUUGUUGUGUCCUACAAUCCAAUCACUACAAUAUUGCAC